UCCCAAGGUCCUACAUCCAUAUGGAAGACUACACAAAUUCUAAGCUCUAAUUAUACUUUAAAUGUUGCACUCUGAAUCACACGCCUUGAUUCACCUCAUGUAAAAGAAUUAACUUCCAGACAGACUCUGGGUUAGAGCAGGAAUGACAAGCUAAAGGGCCUUAAAUAUACCCCUGACUGGAAUUGUAGCUCAUAUUAGAAAGGCUGGAUCACUUUUUAUAACCAGCUGCUUAUACAGUUUAUUUUUAUCUCGGUCUUUAUGCUUUUAUUUCAUUGCAUUAUAGGGUUUUCACCUGCAUAGCUGGCAGUGUACACUCUUUCAUUUCAGAUCAUACAAGGUGUGUGAUCAUGGCAACAGUAACUAUGAAUUUUCUUUUGUCAUGUUUAAUUGACUGGUCAUUUAGGAACCAGCUUGGCCAGAGGAACAGAGAAACUCGACUAACAGCUACCUUCUAUUCAAAUACCAGAUUCACAAAACCAUUCUAAAAAUCCCUAAUUAAGCAUUAAAAAUCUGGAAGAAGGCUUUCAAGUGAAAUAUCUUUACAUAUCAUAGACUUUUGUUUUGUUAUUAAGCUGUAUUUGUUGCUAAGGAAGAACAGAGAAGAUCAAAGGACUCCUAACAGCUAGAAACUUAAAGGUGAGGGAGUUUUGAUUUCUUUAAAGAUUUAUCACUGAUCUACAAUUGUUGUUGGUUCAUAGUUCUAUGAAAAGACUGAAAUUAUGUGAGCCUGCUUUGCUAUUUCCUAUUUACUGUCAAACAAUACCUCAAUUUACUUUUUUUGAUUAGCAACAUGGUCAUGCAUUCAAGCAGCCUGUUUACAAAUCCAUACGCAAUUGAAGUCAUAAGGACUAAAAAAGAAGAACUUGUACAAGGCAUAAAUGACCCAGACCAGCUCCUGCACUGGCUGAUUGAAAAUGGUAUUUUCACUCCAGAAAAAAAGCUAGUCCUGAGUUUCUACAGGACACGAACAGCAAAGAACUCUCGAGUUUUAGACAUGCUAAUUUCUCAAGGUGAACGAGCCUGCAGGCUCUUUUUUUAUCCAUGUUUAAAGCAAGUGGAGCCAAAACUUUACAGUGAGAUAAGAAAAUACGUCAGUGAAGUAAAUGAAAGCAUUGGAGAUGCCAGAAGACGGUUGGUUUGGUAUUUACUUGAAAAAGAUAAAGUUUGGUUUGCAAAUAGCAGCGAACAGCACCAGGGCAAAAAUGACAGACCUGGGGGAGAAAAGUACAGAGAGGUUAUUAAGAAGAAAGGAAAAGUAACUCCACUUUCAAGGGUAACAAAACCUAGAAAAGAUCCUGCUGCUGUCCACAUCUUUGCUGCAGUUGCUAAAGGCUUCCUUCCAGAGUUAGAGAAAACACUGAAGGAUAGUGAUCUCAAUGUGCUCAACCAUUCCAAUGAAACACUUCUGCAUGUUGCAGCUGCUCAUGGCCAUCUAUCCAUCAUGGAGUAUUUGCUCAGCAAAGGUGCAAGGACAGGAGUGAAGGAUGGGAAAGGGAGAACAGCCCUGCACAGGGCUGCUGAGAAAGGCCAUGGAGGUGCAGUCCAGGUGCUUCUCCGGGGUGGUGCUUCCAUGCACGCUCUGGAUAUGGAAGGCAAAACACCACUUCACUGGGCUGCAGAGAAUAACCACAGCCACAUAUUGAAGAUGUUCCUGAAAGAAGAGGCAAUGAACUGCAGGAAUCAGCACAACUUUUUACACAUGGCAGCUCUUAGAGAUGAGAGCACCCUGGCCAAAAUGCUUUUAGAGGCUGGUGCCUCCACUGAAGGAAAGGAUGAGAGAGGACAGAGUGCUCUCAGUUAUGCUGUUUCUCAGGGAUCUGAAAACACUGCAAAAGUGCUUCUAGAAGCCGGAGCCACUGUUGAUUCCAGCAUGGUUGAAAGAGCCUUUAACAGCAAACACCCAUCCAUCUUCAAAAUAAUACUGGAAUAUUCUAAAGAUCUGCCUGCUGACAUCAUGGAGUCAGCUCUUUUUAGAGCUGUACAGAAGAAUCUGCACAGUGUUGUAGCAGCUUUGAUUGACAGAGGCACAGAUAUCAAUGCCCACAACAAAAUGCAUUUCACUCCUUUGCUGCUGGCCUGUGAAAUGGGCAAAGCAGAGUCAGCAGAAGUUCUGAUAGAAAAAGGAGCAAACUUGGGACUAAGGACUCCUGCUGCAGACACAGCUUUGCACUUGGCAGUGCAGGCUGGGGCUGCUUCCAUCGCAGGUCUGCUCCUGAGCAAGGGGAUGGACACAAACCUCAGGAACCGAGCCGAGGAAACCCCGCUCCAUGUUGCUGCGCUCCAGAAUAACGGAGCACUCGUUGGUCUUUUAGUCAAUGCUGGGGCCAGGAUUAAUGCUGUCACUAAAGACUUUGUUACUCCCCUGCACAUGGCAAGUCAGAGAGGUCACACUGAUGUUGCCCGACAGCUGCUGCACCACAAAGCUCAUGUUAAUGCUCAGGACAAGCAGGCAAAGUCCCCUUUACACCUGGCUGCUGAGCAGGGACACAAAACACUGGCAGAGAUGCUCCUGAAGGCCCGAGCUGAUCCCAACACACAGGACAAGGAGAAGAAGACUCCCCUGCAUGCUGCAGCUCUGAGAGGACACCUCAGCAUCGUGGAAGUGCUGUUGGCUAACAAAGGGAGAACUGGAGCUAAGGACAUGGAUGGAUGCACCCCACUGCACUAUGCCACCAUGAAAGGAAACACAGACAUCGUAAAAGCUCUCCUGGCCUCCAGGAAAAAUAAAAAUAUUGAUGACAGAAAUGUUUGGAGGAAGACAGCUCUGCAUAUUGCAGCAGAGUAUGGACAUGGAGAGCUGAUAAAUCUUCUCCUGAGCCAUGGGGCUGCCAUCAAUGCCUCAGACAGCAGCAGGGACACUGCCCUGCACUGUGCCUGCAGGGCUGGGCACCUCAGUGCUGUCAGUGCCCUCCUCAACUGGGCACAAGUGGAAAAAGCAAAUUUACUUGCUGUGAACAGCCUCAGAAAGACUCCACUGCAAGUAGCAGGAUUUAGUAAGACAGAAAACCAGGUUCAAAUUUUAGCUCUGUUGAAAAAGAAAAUGUUUAUAAAAUGAAGAUGUAAAGAAAACCCUUUACAUUUAAGUGCAGAAUUCUCUUUAAUGUAAUUUGGAUAGUCACAAUGUGGAAUAUGAUUGAGAAUUAUGCUUUAGCUGGCAGAAUUAAGUUAGCAAAGGUGAUCUUGGAAAAAAAAGGAUCUUAAAGACACUAUUCAACUUUAAAGUAUUGAUUAGUCUUCUGCUUCUCUUAUGAUUCACAUACUUGGGACCUGUUUAAAAUGCUUUAGCCAUAAACACAUUGUGUUUAACCUCUUCUAGUAUAAAUCAAGACAAAUAUAGAAAACAUAUUUUCAUGUAUCUGUGAAUAUUAGCCAGUAUGGAUAGCUUAGUUAGACAUUGUUUGGCAAAAUCACAAGUGAAAAAACACAACCUAUUAUAAAUAGGAAGACGUCUGUAUUUCCUCAAGGUAUUCCUGAGACUGCAACAAUUAUUAACAAUUCUUUUUCUUUCUAUCUUUUGUCAUACCAUGGUUAAAUUUUGCAUUUUUAAGUAGAGAGAACAAAAACCAUCGCAUUUACCAUUUAUUAAUUUCACUUUCAUUCCAGCACCAAGAUAAAAUAUGUAGAAUAAAAAGUUUGCAACAGUUUCUUGGUUCAAAAUAUUUGUAUUGAGACAACAACACAAAUAUAAACAGAAACACUUUGAGUCAACAGAAAGUUCUCUGGGAUUACUUCCUAUAUAAUGAUAAUCAACCCUUACACUUCCCUUCAGAUUACAAGACAAGUUACCACAAACACCUCUUGAGAAACAAAACACGGAUUUAAGAAUGCAUGAGACUAAAACGGAUUUUUUGUUAUCAAUAAAACACUUUAACUUGACCCUUGCAAUGUCCUGGUUAAGGAACAGACAUGACCAUGAAUUUCAGAGACACGGGCACACAGGCUCAGAGAAUCACAGGACCAUUUAGGAUGGGAAAGACCUCCAAGAUCAUCAAGUCCAACCUGUGACCAAUCACCACCUUGUCAACCAGAGCACUGAAUACCACCUCCAGGGAUGGGGAUUCCACCACCAACCUGGGCAGCAUGUUCUAAUGUUUAAUCACCUCUUUUUAGAAAAACCUUUUCCUAAUAUCCCAUCUAAACCUCCCCUGGUGCAACCUGAGGCUGUCCUCUUGUUCUUGUUCUGUCCCUUGUUCCCUGGGAGCUGAGCCUGAACCCCCAACCAGCUCACCCUCCCGACAGGGAGUUGUGGAGAGAAAAAAUGUCCCCCCUGAGUCUCCUUUUCUCCAGGCUGAGCCCCCCCAGCCACUCAUCACACCUGUGCUCCAGGCCCUUCAUGUCCUUCCUACAGUGAGAGGCCCAGACUCGAACACAUCUCUGAGGGUGUCCCUCACCAGUCUGCUCCAGCCUCCCUUUGCCGCUUCCCGCACUCCCUCUCAGGCCCCGCCUGUCACCCCUUUCCCCUUCGCUCUCAGCCCAGCCAUGUCCCCUCAGGUCCCGGCCCUGUCCCCUCAGCUCCCGGCCGUGUCCCCUCAGCGGCGGCCCUGUCCCCUCACCGCCCCACCAUAUCCCCUCAGUC